UCUCACUCUCUCUCUCUCUCUCUCUCUCUUUUUCUCUCUCUCUUCAAGAAAAUGGCUGGAGCCAGUAUUUCAGUAGAUCAGCUUUCCGUGGAUCAGUUCAUCUGUGCAGUCUGUCUGGAUCUCCUGAAGGAUCCAGUGACUCUUCGCUGUGGUCACAGUUUCUGUAAGGUGUGUAUUAAUGGCUGCUGGAAUCAGGAGGAUCAGAAGGGCAUCUACAGCUGUCCUCAGUGCAGAGACACUUUCACUUCAAGGCCUGUUCUAUGCAGAAACAACAUGCUGGUUGAAGUGGUGGAGAAACUGAAGAAGAAGCCUGAGGUCCAAACUGCUUCUCCUGCUCACUGUUACGCUGGACCUGGAGAUGUGGAGUGUGAUUUCUGCACCGGGAGAAAACAUAAAGCUAUCAAGUCCUGUCUCACGUGUUUGGCUUCUUACUGUGAAAUUCAUAUUAAACCUCACUACCAGUCUUCUGCAUUUAAGAUGCACAAAUUGACAGAAUCUUCUAUUAAACUCCAAGAGAAGAUCUGCUCUGAACAUAAUGAAGUGCUGAGGAUCUACUGCCGUACUGAUCAAAGCUGUAUUUGCUCCUUGUGCAUGUUGGAUAAACAUAAAGGCCAUGACGCUGUAGCAGUUGAAGCAGAAAGAGCUGAGAAACAAAGUAAGUUAAAAGAGAAACAGAUAAAAUCCCAGCAAAGAAUCCAGGAGAAGCAGAAGAAGGUGCAGGAGCUGAAACAGGCUGUGAACACUAUAAAGCUGAGUGCACAGACAGCAGUGGAGGACAGUGAGAGGAUCUUUACUGAGCUGAUCAGCUCCAUGGAGAAAAAGCGCUCGGAGGUGACGGAGCUGAUCAGAGCUCAGGAGAAGACUGAACUGAGUCGAGCUGAACGACUCCUGGAGCAACUGGAGCAGGAGAUUGCUGAUCUUCAGAGGAGACUCACUGAGCUGGAGCAGCUUUCACACACACACACGAUCACAUCCAGUUCCUCCAGUUCAGUGCUCUCUCUCUCUCUCUCUCUCUCUCUCUCUCUCAGGAAAAUGGCUGAGGCCAGUAUUUCAGUAGAUCAGCUUUCAUUGGACCAGUUCAUCUGUCCAGUGUGUCUGGAUCUCCUGAAGAUUCCGGUGACUCUUCCCUGUGGUCACAGUUUCUGUAAGGUGUGUAUUAAUGGCUGCUGGGAUCAGGAGAAUCAAAAGGGUGCCUGCAGCUGUCCUCAGUGCAGAGACACUUUCACUUCAAGGCCUGUCCUACGCAGCAAUAGCAUACUGGCUGAAGUGGUGGGGAAACUAAAGUAUAAGAAGACUGAAGUCCAAGCUGCUUCUCCUGCUCACUGUUACGCUGGACCUGGAGAUGUGGAGUGUGAUUUCUGCACCGGGAGAAAACACAAAGCCAUCAAGUCCUGUCUGACAUGUUUAGCUUCUUACUGUGAAAUUCACGUUACACCUCACUUUCAGAUUCCUGCAUUUAAGAUGCAUAAACUGACAGAAGCUUCUGCAAAACUCCAAGAGAAGAUCUGCUCUGAACAUGAUGAAGUGCUGAGGAUCUACUGCCGUACUGAUCUAACCUGUAUUUGCUCCUUGUGCAUGUUGGAUAAACAUAAAGGCCAUGACGCUGUAACAGUUGAAGCAGAAAGAGCUGAGAAACAGAGUGUGUUACAGGAGAAGCAGAUGAAAUCCCAGCAGAGAAUCCAGGAGAAGCAGAAGAAGGUGCAGGAGCUGAAACAGGCUGUGAACACUAUAAAGCUGAGUGCGCAGACAGCAGUGGAGGACAGUGAGAGGAUCUUUACUGAGCUGAUCAGCUCCGUGGAGAAAAAGCGCUCGGAGGUGACAGAGCUGAUCAGAGCUCAGGAGAAGACUGAACUGAGUCGAGCUGAACGACUCCUGGAGCAACUGGAGCAGGAGAUUGCUGAUCUUCAGAGGAGACUCACUGAGCUGGAGCAGCUUUCACACACACACGAUCACAUCCAGUUCCUUCAGACCUUAGCUUCUGGACGUCGUUCUCCUUCAUUAAAAAGACCAGACUUUCAGACAUCCAGCAUCAGUGUCAAUCAGCAUCUCUCAUUUGAUGGAGUGAGGAAUUCUCUCUCAGAUCUGAAGAAGAGAUUCGAGGAAUUCUGUGAGGAGGAAUUCAACAAAAUCCCUCCACAUGAGCCACAGAGCAGAGAAGAUAUUCUGAAAUAUUUCUGUUAUCUGACUCUGGAUCCAAACACGGCACAUCAUCAUCUCAUUCUGUCUCAGAAGAACAGAGCCAUACAUGUGCAAAAGAAGUGCAGUGUGAGAAGGCAGCAGUACUCUGAUCACCCAGAGAGAUUUGACUCCUGCCCUCAGGUGUUGUGUAAGGAGAGUGUGUGUGGACGCUGUUACUGGGAAGUGGAAUGGAGCGGUGAUGGUGUUGUGUCCAUUUCGGUCUCAUAUAAAGACAUCAGCAGGAAAGGACGGGGUAAUGAGUGUGAGUUUGGGCGAAACAAUCAGUCCUGGAGUCUAUGGUGUUCUUUCUCUUCUUCUUCUUUUCUCUCUUUCUGGCACAACAACAUUGAGACUAAGCUUAGCGCUCCAACAUCCUCCAGAAUAGGAGUGUAUGUGGAUCACAGUGCAGGAACUCUGUCCUUCUACAGCGUCUCUGACACGAUGAAGCUCCUCCACAGAGUCCACACCACAUUCACUCAGCCUCUGUUUGCCGGGUUUGCCCCACACUGGUGCACUGGUUCCACAGUUAGGUUGUGUGAUCCAGAAUAAAGUGUGUAGUGUUUUGCACUGCAUUUUUGUCCGUGCCAUAUUUACUGUUUUUGACAUCUGUCUCACGCCCACAGAAUCCAGCUGCACAAACACAGUCACGAUGCAGACAUGCAGAUAAUUACAGCCCACAGGUCCAGCCCAAAACUGAGAAAGUUCGGCAGCUCGAAGGCCAUUUUGUAACCACGUUCCUGCAGUUAGUCUAAUUGGAAAUCACAGGUGAGCUUAAGGUAGCUGCAGUUUAAGGGUUUUUAUUUGUUUUUUUACUGCAUUCCUCCUAGUACACAUUACACACACACACACACACACUUCACUUGGUGAGUAAUGAUGUGUACUACUGUGGAAUAAACUUGUGGGUAUGAGCUACAUACUGUACUUCAAUCUGGUUCUCUUCAUCACUGUUCUGUUUUGUUGAUGCUCUGAUCAGCACCAGGAUAGAAAGAUAAAGUAGUAACAACUUCAGCUGUGUCUC